AUGGCCACACGAACUCUCGAGUCGCGCUUCGAGCGCAUGUCCGUCCAGGACGACAACGACGCUGGCGACAGCUCAAAACUCUAUCCCAAGCUCAAGCCGGCGCCGAGCUCAUCACAGCCCGCCCAUGGAAACGGCCGGACAAACCUCGUCAAAGUCUCGCUCCAGUCGCAGAACCACGGCGCCGUCGCUUCGGUGACGCUCCCGUCCCAGCCGGCCCAGCGCAAGGGAAACAACCCGCCGACAUCGCCUCAGCGGAGGCCGCUCCCCUCGGGCUCGAGCUCCUCCCGCGACUCGGGCGAGUCUGUCGACGAGGUCGAGGCCGCCUCCGCCCUGGUCGAGCAGCCCAGCCCGCCCAAGCAGUUCCAUCUCGGCAUGUUCGAGAUUGGUCGCCCGCUCGGCAAGGGCAAGUUUGGCCGCGUGUAUCUGGCCAAGGAGCGCACGAGCGGCUUCAUCUGCGCCCUCAAGGUGCUGCACAAGAGCGAGCUGCAGGUCGGCGGCGUCGAGCGUCAGGUCCGCCGCGAGAUUGAGAUCCAGAGCAAUCUCCGGCACCCCAACAUCUUGCAGCUGUUUGGCCACUUCCACGACACCAAGCGCGUCUUCCUCAUCCUCGAGUUCGCCGGCAAGGGAGAGCUGUAUAAGCACCUGAGGCGGGAGAACCGCUUCCCCGAGUGGAAGGCCGCACAGUACAUUUCCCAGAUGGCUUCCGCCCUCCGCUACCUGCACAAGAAACACGUUAUCCACAGGGACAUCAAGCCCGAGAACAUUCUCGUCGGCAUCCACGGCGAGAUCAAGAUUUCGGAUUUCGGGUGGAGCGUCCACGCGCCCAACCACAGGAGAAAGACCAUGUGCGGCACGCUCGACUACCUGCCUCCGGAAAUGGUCAAGCCCGGCUCGUUGGACAACUACUACGACGAAAAGAUCGAUCUGUGGAGUCUCGGCGUCUUGACCUAUGAGUUCCUCGUCGGAGAGGCGCCGUUCGAGGACACGCCGGUCAUGACGCAGCGGAGAAUCUCUCGUGUAGACAUGUCGAUUCCAUCCUUUGUCAGUGCCGAGGCUAGCGAUCUCAUCAAAAAGCUCCUCGUCCUCAACCCCGAAAAGAGACUUCCCCUCGAGCAGCUCCAACUCCAUCCCUGGAUUCUGAAGCACUGUGUCAAGGGCGAGAGGGCUGCCAACCGAGAAAAGGCUUUGGCAUGA